UUCUUCGUGCGGAUCGUUCUCGUUGAUUGCGUGCCCUUUUCAGUCCCAAUCGCCAUCUGGUUUCGGUCGAUUUCGUCCCGAUUCGUGCUCUCUGUUUAGCGAAUGGAGACGCUCACGCUUACAGGCCUGUUGGCGAAGACGGCGUCGGAUUUCCCCGACAGGAGAGCCCUCUCCGUCUGCGGGCAGUUCGACCUGACGCAUGCGCGGCUGCGGGAGGUCGUCGAUCACGCCGCCGCGCUCCUCGCCGCCUCCGGCGUGGGCGCCGGCGACGUCGUCGCGCUCACUUUCCCUAACGCUGUCGAGUUUGUGAUCCUCUUUCUGGCGGUAAUCCGAUGCCGAGCCACAGCGGCUCCACUCAACUCCGCCUACACAGCUGAGGAAUUUGAGUUCUACCUUUCCGACUCGGAAUCGAAGGUCCUAUUGACACCGCAAGAAGGAAACCAGCCAGCUCAGUCUGCUGCUUCCAAGCUUAACAUCCCCCACCUAACCGCCAAGCUUCACUCGGCGGAUUCCAAAUUCACUCUCUCUUCGACUGACAUAGAGCCGAGUCUCGACUUGAUGUCCAAAGUCGUCAAUAAUCCCUCAGAUGUAGCUCUGUUCUUGCACACCUCUGGCACCACGAGUCGGCCCAAAGGCGUGCCACUAACUCAGCUCAAUUUGGCUUCGUCAGUUCAGAACAUCAAGUCGGUAUACAAACUAACAGAGUCAGAUUCUACUGUGAUUGUGCUUCCAUUGUUCCAUGUGCAUGGUUUAGUUGCUGGAUUGUUGAGCUCUUUAGCUGCCGGAGCUGCCGUGGCCCUCCCGGCGGCUGGUAGGUUCUCGGCAUCCACAUUUUGGGCAGAUAUGAUUUCAUACAAUGCCACGUGGUACACAGCAGUCCCUACCAUCCACCAGAUCAUCCUGGACCGCCACCUCAGCAAGCCAGAGCGGGCUUACCCGAAGCUGCGAUUCAUAAGGAGCUGCAGCGCGUCACUCGCGCCCUCUAUCAUGGAUCGGCUCGAGGAGUCAUUUGAUGCACCCGUGCUCGAGGCUUAUGCAAUGACGGAAGCUACUCACCUGAUGUCAUCAAACCCCUUGCCCGAAGAUGGCAAGCAUAAGCCUGGGUCGGUCGGAAGACCCGUGGGGCAGGAGAUGGCGAUUUUAGACGAGCAUGGAGCCGUACAGGCAGUGGGCGUGAGCGGGGAAGUGUGUAUAAGGGGUCCGAACAUGACCAAGGGUUAUAAGAAUAAUCCAGAGGCAAAUAAGCAGGCCUUCCUGUUCGGGUGGUUUCAUACGGGUGAUGUUGGGUUUAUGGAUUCGGAUGGGUACUUGCAUUUGGUCGGUCGGAUCAAGGAACUCAUCAACCGUGGAGGAGAGAAGAUAUCACCAAUUGAAGUUGAUGCUGUGCUUCUGGCACAUCCAGAUGUUGCCCAAGCAGUUGCCUUUGGAGUCCCAGAUGAUAAGUACGGCGAAGAGAUAAAUUGUGCCGUGAUUCCGAGGGAAGGUGCCAAGGUAACAGAGCAGGAUGUGAUCCAGUUCUGCAGGAAGAACCUUGCCAGCUUUAAGGUCCCGAAGAAGGUUUUCAUCACAGACUCUGUCCCGAAAACUGCUUCCGGGAAGAUCCAGCGCCGGCUUGUGGCGGAGCAUUUCCUUGCGCAGAUCUCGACCGCCAAAGUCCCCAAAUUUGGUGCAUAAUCACCUCCUUAAGAGCGCACUGAGUCUUAGGUUGGACUUUCAUUUUCAGUAACAAAUACUACAUUAUGUCGUCCCAAACUCAGAGAAAAACAAAGCAUAGGGGUUACCUUUUUGUUCGUCUCCAUCUCCGUAUUGUUAACCGGCAUUCUCUCUUAGCUGAUUGCCGGUGGUUGAAUGGAAUUUGCAUUCGUUACCUUGUACAGACAUGUUGGUAUCAAUAAAAGAAAGAAAAACAACGAUUCUCUCGUUCUAGGGAA